AUGUGGGCGCUGCGCCGUAGCACGACCGCUUCCGCCUGCACCACCACCGCCGCCGCCGCCGCCACCAGCAGCCGCAGGAGACUGCUGCCAUCUCGCGUCCGUAGCCGCACGCCGCUCUCCCCGCUCGUGCGAACGGCGCACCGAAGCGCCUCGUACACCACCACCACGCCCACCACCACCACCACCACAGGCAGCACGUCGGCGUCCACGCCCGGCACCCCUGCUGCUGCUGCUGCUGGCGGUGGCGGCGGCGGCGGCGGCUGCGGUGUGGGCAUGCGCGGGUUCGUGCCACAGAGUCCCGACGCACCGGCGCCCGCCAGCAAAAUCACGCAGGAGGCACACGCCAACCGGGCGUUCAAGAAGUCGCGCGCGACGGGCGGGUAUUGGGUGCUGCUCUUCGGUGUGGGCGUGGGCACCAUGGUCACCACCGCCACGUACAUCUUCUUCCAGUGGCGCCAACACGAAAUCGACCAGCGGCGAGGCUGGCUGGAGUUCAAGGAGCUCGUGAUGGGCACCCGCAAGGGCGGCGCGACCUCUGACGACGACGCCGACGCCGGAGAGGCCGAGGUGGUGGUGGCCGUCAAGGAGAAGGGCAGCAGCAGCAGCAGCAGCGCCAACACGAGGAGGGACGAGGUGCCGGAGAAGGCGAUGGUGCCGGGCGUGGGCCGGAUCGGGGGCAAGCUCCGCAUGCUCAACGUGCCGCUCGAUGUCUUCCCCUCCUCCGUCGAGGAAUUCAUGAGUUUCCCCUACCCGGUGUACAGCAUCUUCAUCUGGACCACCGCCGCCACCCUCACCACCCUCUUCGCCUGGUCGCGGGGCAAGUGGAUGUGGUAUCGGCGCCACUUCAUGGGGCGCGUCAACUUUAGCCUCAACACCGUUCACAACGGCACUCUCAAGUUCCGUACGCUGUUCGAGCGCUCGCUGUAUGACAUGAUGUUCCGCAACCAGGCCGCCGUCAAGAUCGUGGGCGCGGCAGCGAACCGAACGGUGGUGGGUCGCCCCUUCCUGGAAAUCCCACCCGCGGAGAACUGGUACGUGCUGAACAACGUGCUCAACGAAAUCAGCAGCCUGUGCUCCAUCGGCUUCGUGCAGGCUGACGCAGGCAUGCCGGUGCGGUGGCGCACGUACAUCUUUGGGCUCACGUGCGAGAAGGAGAAAGCUGUGUGGAAUCGCAAGCUGCGCGUCAUGCUCGUGGACGAGGAGCUGCUCAAGCGCGUGCUCGACAUGCCCACCCCACGCUUUGAGGAGGCGCACCACGGCGUGCGUUGGUCGACGCUGCAGGCCAUGGCGCGGCUCUACCGGAAGCAGGUGGAGGAGCAGGAGGCGGCGGAGCGGGCCGGCACGCCGCUGGUGCCGGGCGGCUACCUGGGGCGGGUCGAGCUGGCCAUCCCCUACGGCAGCAGCACCGGUGGUGGUGGGGCGGCCGCCAACAGCGCCUUUGCCACGUCGGAGACCGAGCUGCGGGAAGAGGAGGAGGACUCGCGCCGCUGA